GGUGAAAACAUCACGAAAAUAAAGUGGAAAUUUGGAAACUAUGAGCGUGAAUUACGAACAAAGUGCGGCGGAUGAGCAGUUCGCGAGGGCGCACAAGGCAGUCAGUCUGUCGGACGACGAGGAGGAGGGCGAGGGCCCGGCGGAGAUCACAUCCCUGCAAGAAGAUGGACCACCUGCCGCCAAGCGGGCCCGGGAGUUCUACGAGGAGCCGGGCGGGAAAGGUGAAGGAGGAGCCAGUGGCGAUGGAAGUGAGCCGGAUGAGCAGGAGCAGCCGGAGGCGGAGGCUGCCGGAGGAGCGGCGAACACACAUGUGGUGGCCCACCACUACAACGAGCUGAAGGAGGCCGGCCGCAAGGACCGCCAGAAGUCGAAGAUCUUCUUCAUGCGCAACUUCAACAACUGGAUCAAGAGCCAGCUGAUCAACGAGUACAUGUCGCAGAUCAAGGACCAGAAGCGCAUGGGCGAUGCUCUGCGGGUGCUGGACAUGUGCUGCGGCAAGGGCGGCGACCUGCUCAAGUGGGAGAAGGCGGCCAUCUCGCACCUCAUCUGCACGGACAUCGCAGAGGUGUCCGUGGAGCAGUGCCAGCGGCGGUACCAGGACAUCCUGCAGCGCGCCGAGAAGUCCAAGUUCGCCAAUAAGUUCACCGCCGAGUUCUUUGCCUGCGAUUCCACGUUGGUGCGCCUGAGGGAGCGCUACAAGGACCCCUCGCUGCAGCUGAAUCUCGUGUCCUGCCAGUUUGCCUUUCACUAUUGCUUCGAGUCCAUGGCGCAGGCGGAUUGCAUGAUGCGCAAUGCAGCCGAGUGUCUGAAGCCGGGUGGCUUCUUCAUAGCCACCAUGCCGGAUGCCUACGAGAUCGUGCGGAGGCUAAGGGCAGCUGGCCCGGAUGCCACUCGCUUCGGCAACGAUGUCUACAGCAUCGAGUUUGACUGCGAAACGGAUCCGCUGCCCUUCUUCGGGGCUAAGUAUCAGUUUCACCUGGAGGGCGUCGUAGACUGCCCCGAGUUCCUGGUGCACUUCCCCACGCUUGUAAAGCUGGGCAGGAAGUACGGCCUGCAGCUGAUCAGGAAGUCCACAUUCGCGGACUACUACAAGGAGAGCCUGCCCCAUGGUCGGCAUCUCCUGCAGCGCAUGUCCGGUCUGGAGACGGUGCAGGCACAGCGCUGUGAAAAUGAUGAGCAGUUCGCGCACGUGAAGAACUUCCAGGGAGCACAGCGCGGAAGGCCUCUGGGCACCCUCUCCAAGUCGGAAUGGGAAGCAGCAACUCUUUAUCUGGUUUGUGCCUUCAAGAAAUGCAAAAACACGUGGGACACCAAUGGCAAACCUUUGUUUGAAUUCGACGACUGAAUAUUGCCAAAAACUUGAGCAUCAUAGGUUAUUUUUCUGUACGCGUGGCCCAACAUUUUUAAAAUCUAUAUUAUACUCGAAAGCAUGAACAGAUUAUUGCUGGCUGAAAAGUUUAGCUCGUAAGUGGAAUUUGUAAGGUACGUUCGUUUUGUGUUCAUAGGAUUCAAUUUAUAUUUACUAUUCAAUUUUACAACAUCCAAAAACUUGAUUGUUCAUUUUAGCUUAAAUAUAACAAAUAACAAGAUCAA